GAUGAUAAACACAUUACAGCCAUACAGAAAUAUCACACUACCUACAAAAGAUAUUGUAAGGAAUGUGAUGUAUGAGAAGACGAUUGAAGAUGAGUGAACGAGAGCAUCAUUUUGUGUUUGUGCACGGUGCAGGGCAUGGAGGUUGGUGUUGGUACAAGCUUGCCAAUUCACUGAGGGAGAAUGGACAUAAGGCCACCUGCAUCGACCUCAAGGGCGCUGGGGUCAACUCAACUGAUCCAAACACUGUCUCCUCUUUGGAUGACUACGACGAGCCUCUCUAUGCCUUCCUCUCCCAACUUCCCAACGAUCAAAAGGUCAUUCUUGUGAGCCACAGCGUUGGAGGAGGGAGCAUGACGGCUGCCAUGUGCCUCUUUCCUUCCAAAGUUUCCUUGGCUGUUUACGUCGCAGCAGCCAUGGUCAAACCUGGUAGCUUGAUUCCUGAUAACCUCAAAAAUGUAAUGAAGAUAUGUUCCGGACUGAUAGAGAAGGAAACUGAGAAGAUAUGGGACUUUACUUUUGGAAAUGGACCCCAAAAUCUUCCAACAAGCAUCAUGAUGAAACCUGAGUACGUUAGGGACAAGUUUUACAACGAGAGCCCCAUGGAGGAUUACACACUGGCCACCACGCUUCUGCGUCCAGCCCCUGUCAUGGCAUUCGUAGGCAUAAUGGAUAUUCCAGCAGCUCCAGAGACUGAAAAAAUCCCAAGGGUGUACGUGAAAACAGGCAAGGACCAUUUGUUCGAACCACAUCUCCAAGACUCAAUGUUGUCCCUGUGGGCUGCUCAGACCUUCCUUCUUCCAGAAAGUGAUCACUCUGCGUUUUUCUCUCAACCUCAAGAACUCUAUCAGUUCCUCCUUCAAGCAGCCUCCUCUAUCUCUCCCUGAUUCCUCUUGUAAUUUGUAUCUCUCUGGAACUUCUCCAAAUCCAUCCUUUUGAUAUAUAAUUACUUGCAUAAAA